CGCAGCGCCGCAUUAUUGAUCAACUGUAGUGUGACAGUACAGAUCUGAACAGAGAAAUGGCAGAAACCGCUCCAGCUCCAGCAGCCCCGCCGGCGAAAGCGCCCAAGAAGAAAUCUGCAGCCAAACCCAAGACAGCGGGUCCAGGCGCGAGUGAUCUCAUCGUUAAAGCCGUGACGGCCUCCAAGGAGAGAAACGGUGUGUCUCUGGCCGCCCUGAAGAAAGCUCUCACCGCCGGCGGAUACGAUGUGGAGAAGAACAACUCCCGCGUCAAGCUCGCCAUCAAGAGCCUCGUGACUAAAGGCACACUGGUCCAGACUAAAGGAACCGGUGCUUCAGGAUCUUUCAAACUGAACAAGAAACAGGUCGAGACUAAGAAGCCAGCGAAGAAAGCCGCUCCUAAAGCAAAGAAGCCCGCAGUGAAGAAAUCUCCCAAGAAGGCCAAGAAACCUGCCGCCACCGUCGCUAAAAAGGCAACGAAGAGCCCCAAGAAGGCGAAGAAGCCAGCGGCCCCCAAGAAAGCAGCCAAGAGUCCGAAGAAAGCAGCUAAAAGCCCCAAGAAGGUUAAGGCUGCUAAACCCAAGACGACGAAGCCCAAAGCAGCGAAGCCUAAAAGGGCCGCCCCGAAAAAGAAGUAA